UCAAGUCUGGAGUCUUUAAUGUUCAAUUAAUAUAUGAAUUUAUUGAAAUUUUGUAUUUCUUUCGGUUUUGGCACAAGAAAUGGCGAUUUAGAAAGAUGUAUUUAAAGGAAUACAAAUGAAUACUUGACACCAUAAAUUCAUGAACUAAACAAAAUACAAAGGUUAACGCUCCGUUCGUCAUGAGAGAACAAGGAAUAACUGAUGACAUGAAGUGGACUGUAUUUGUAUCUUCUUACAUUUUAAACAAAUCCUCCUGUCAUCUCUUUGGAAAAGUUAUAGAAGAAAACAGCUUUGUCCUCAUUUCUGAUAUGUUUUACAAUGUAAGAGGAUGUGAAAAGUCAAUAGGUAUGUUUAGUGAGUUAGCUAGUACUGAGUCAAGAACAGAUGAAGAAGGAUCUCAAAAACCAACAAAAGAACUUUUCAUUGAUCUGCAUUGCAAUCGUGAUGGAAACCUCUCUUGUAAAAUGACCAAAAACUUUGAGACUCUAAAUUGUAACCUUGUGAUCUUUGACGCACAACAAUUUUCUGAUUCUUACUUUAUGAGUUGGGAUAAUUUAUCAACAGUCAGUGGAAAUGCAGUGAACAUUCUAACAAAAGAAAUUCAUAGUAGGGAACCCACUUUAAGAAUGCCUCUGAUCUACCAACUACAUAUUUUGUGGCUGUUUUGCUUUCAGAUUGUUGGAUUUUUACUGGACAAUAGGGUUACCAGAUUUAGACCAUUCAGUUUUGCAGCAAGUUGCUCUUCAUUGUUAGUACAUCAGACUCUGAGAAGACAGGAGUAUCUAGCUGUCAGGAAUAGUAAUAUCAGUAGUUUAAGAACACAGUUAGGGUUAGUAAAUGUGUGUUGUAGACAGUUGCUGGACUGUGUGUUGGGGAUUACAUUAACCUAUUUCUUCAUCUACUACAAUAUGACAGAUCAAGUAGCAGCACUUAUAAUCACUUGGGCUUAUGAAGUAGCAGAAAACCUUAAUUCUCUGGUGGAGUGGUUGAUGGGGGCCCCAGCGGGUCUUAAAUUAAACAAACAGCUGACAGAAUUUUUAGGUCAUUUCUUCCUCUACCAUAUUUACCUGUGGAAAGGUUACUUAGGGGUUCUACAGCCAGUUCUCAGUAGCAUGCUAUGGUAUUCCUCACUAUUGGGAUUGUUAGGGAUAACUGCACAGCUGUGCUUCCUUCGAGAUGUGAUAUCCAUGAUGACUUUACAUAUAUACUGCUUUUAUGUUUAUGCUGCAAGACUGUAUCGAUUCCAAGUGUAUGCUUUGUCUGCCUUUUGGCGUUUAUUUCGAGGAAAGAAAUGGAAUGUGUUGCGUCAACGAUUGGAUUCCGUCCGCUACGAUGUAGAUCAACUUUUUCUUGGAACCCUUCUUUUCACCAUUCUUCUCUUCACUCUUCCAACAUGUGCUUUGUAUUAUGUUGUUUUCACAAUGCUUCGACUUGUUGUUCUGUUAGUCCAUGAACUCAAUGAUAAAAUCAUACAAUCAUUGGACUCUUUGCCACUAUUUUCAGUUGGGAUGUGGUGUAUAAAUUCUAGAUUUAUAAAGGGGGAUAUCCUUUUCAGUAUUAUUCCCCACAGUAAAAGGGAUGAGUCAUCAACAUUUUCAUUGCAAAUAAUACAGAUGCCAUUUGGAAAACUGCUUAGGAGAAGUGAAAACCCGUUUCGAAAUGCUGCCAGUCAACAUUACCAUUGGAGCAAAUUGAUUGGUGAUCUUGUCAAAGGACAUUUGAUUUAUCCGUGGGUAGAAGUGUCUCAAUCUUAAUAAACUUUGUCCUUAACA